GGGACCUGCUCGCCAUUUAAACUCAAAUUAACUUUUGUUCGAGCCAUUUCACAAUAUGUCCUCCUCUAGGCUUCUCUUCAUAACAGGGCUGCUCGCGGCAUCGUGCUUGUCUGCUGUUCAUGCAACUGCUGAUGUGCAUGAGGUGGAACAUGAGAUCAAUGAGAACCCUUAUCUUAACCUCGGAGUUAAAACUAAAACUCCUCUGGUGGAGGGAGAUAUGGCCAUACCACUUGGUCGUAAUGCUCUCCUAAACACAACAUUCAGAUGGACAUUUCCUAUCCCUUACAUCUUGUCUGAUGACCUUGAUCUGAAUGCCAAAGGCUGCAUCUUUCAGGCUUUUGAGAUGUAUCGCCUCAAAUCCUGUAUUGACUUCAAGCCUUAUGAAGGGGAAAAGAGCUAUAUUAAAUUUGUGAAACAGAAUGGUUGUUGGUCCAUGGUUGGUGACCAGCAGGAUGGCCAGCUGCUCUCUCUGGGUCCUGGUUGUGACCAUAAGGCUGUGAUUGAACAUGAGUUGCUGCACGCUGUAGGUUUCUACCAUGAGCAGUCUCGCCAGGACCGAGACGACUAUGUCAACAUUGAUCUCGCUCAAGUCACUGAUGGGUUGCAGCAUAACUUCAAUAAGUACGAUGACAGCUUCAUCACCGAUCAGAACACGGCCUACGACUACGAAUCUGUCAUGCACUACCGUCCCUUCUCCUUUAACAAAGAUCCCAACAUCCCCACAAUCACCACCAAGAUUCCCGAGUUCUACAACGUCAUUGGCCAAUACCUGGACUUCAGUAAACUGGAUGUGUUACGGAUGAACAGGAUGUAUAAAUGCCCCUCCUCUCUCACUCUACUGGACCAGUGCUCCUUCGAGUACACCAACAUCUGUGGGAUGAUCCAGAGCGCCACCGAGGAAGCAGACUGGAUCCACACACUGAGCAGCCCAGGCUUUGAGGACCACACCCUCUCCGGACAAUGCAGAGAUGCUGGAUACUUCAUGCAUGUGAACACCUCAGUUGGAAACGCAGAAGAUUCGGCCCUGCUUCAGUCCCGUUUGCUCUACCCAAAGAGGAAGCAGCAGUGCCUACAGUACUUCUACAAGAUGACCGGCAGUGUGAAGGACCGGUUGGUGGUCUGGCUCAAGAUGGACGACGGCACAGGGACAGUGCGCAAGCUGAAGAAAGUGCAUACAAUUUAUGCUGAUGCUGACCAUUCCUGGAGAAUUGUACACGUGCCAGUGGAAGUUACGGUCAAGUUCCGCUACGCCUUCCAGGCCGUGCGGGGUGACCCAGCAGCAGGUGGUGGCAUCUUCAUCGACGACGUCACCAUGACCGAGACGCCGUGCCCGGCCGGCGUGUGGCGCAUCCCCAACUUCUCUCAGCUCAUGGCGACGUCCGACUCCAGCACGGUCCUGGACAGCCCUCGCUUCUACAGCCCCGAGGGCUACGCGUUUGGCGUCCGCGUCAAGCCCAUGUCCGACUACUACGACUACACGGGCAACUACACGGGGCUCUACUUCCACCUGCUCAGCGGAGAGGACGACGUGGUGAUGGAGUGGCCCGCCGUCAACCGCCAGGCCAAACUGGUGAUCAUGGACCAGGACCCUGACGUGAAGCUGCGCAUGUCCACGGCACGCAGCCUCACCACCGACUUGAUCAAGACACCUGAUGGCAAACUUUGGUGGGAUAACCCCUCGAAGGUGGGAACCUGGGACACGACAAACAAGUGGUACCGCAGUGAGUCCAGGGGCUGGCGAAACAUGGUGAAACACUUUGACCUCAAAAGACGUAACUACCUGAAAAAUGACGACCUCAUCAUCUUUGUGGACUUUGAGGAUCUAACACCGUUGAUUAAGACAGAGGUGCCUGUUGUACCUCAUCCAUAAUGUUUUAGGAGGCAGUGCUGAAGAAUCAAAUUGCUUCCUUAAGAUGAAGUUACUUGUAUGAAGAUUUUACAAGUCUGAACACCACAUUUUAACGAUCAUUCUAAUGCACAUGUUUUUAUGUUGCUCAUUAAUGUUGUCUCUCUGAAUGUGUUUUGAAUGUUAAUUAAAGA